AUGUUUGGGAAGAAGAAGAAAAAGCCCAUCAUCUCUGCCCCUACAAACUUUGAGCACAGAUUUCACACAGGCUUUGACAGACAUGAAGGAAAAUUUGUAGGCCUUCCACCACAAUGGACCAGUUUAAUCCAGACUCAACAAGAUAGACCAAAACCCAUAGUGGACCCAUCAACUAUAACACCAACUGAAAUGAUUAACAUGAAAUCUCACACCAUUGUUCGAGGUGGAAGCUCUUCUCAAAUCAGAAAUGGGCCAGUUUCAAUCACACGAUCCAACUCGCUAAGGAAAGAAAGCCCUCCUCAACCUCGACGGGACUAUUUAAGUCGCCUCCCUCCCCCAGUACCUGAAGAUGAAAGUAUGCUACCUGUGCAAUCUCAUGAGGUCCCUCCUCAUGUUCACCAAAUUCAUCAUGAUUCUCAUAUCCAUCCACACUCACACCCCCAGUUUCACCCUGGCCAACUACAGUGGGGACAUGGCCAUCCAGUAAACUUUUAUUCAGAGAAUCAGGGAAAUCAUAUGGGUGGUAGCCACUCCUAUCUACAGAAUGCAAGAGAACAUGCUCCUUCUCAAGGCUCUGUUCCCUCUUGGGACAGAACUGAUGGUGGAGAUAAUAGUAUGCUUCCUGGUGUCCAGUUAGGUAGGGAACAAGAAAAAAGCCCUGCACCAACUAGUCUGCCAGGUUAUACCUCUAAAUCAGGUCUCAUGAUUGAUAACCAGAGUUGUCUACAGUCACAAAGCUACCAAGAGCAACACCCAUCCAUGAAUCCUAACUUUCAAACAGGUAAUCAUCAUGGACCCAUGCUUCCAUCGCUUAUCUCCAAUGGUGUCCCUUUGUCAAGUCCACUUGAACCUCCUGUCAUGGAAAAACAGUACAGGGAUUCUCAAUCAUCAUCAGGUUCAACCCAGCAUUCUGGAAACCGUAGUGGUUCUCAUAGCCCUAUUUUGAAGAACAGCAUGUCUCAGAACCACUUAAACCAUCCAAGAGACUUAAAAUCCUCAAAAAUGUAA